GGCGUCAAAGACCAUUUUUAGUUUUGUGAAAACGCGUAAGGCAUAAGACGAGUUAAGUGAAUAUUCAUUUCAUUUCCAUUUAGAAAAGUGCAAGGGUAUUAUUGGAAGUUCGGGUGAUAUUUCUUUCAUUUAAAGUCGAGUCUUUCAGGCAGAGAGAGAGAACUAGACACGGACGGACACAGAGACGGGCAGAUUUUGAAAUAAAGAGCAAUUUUUGAAAACAGAGGAAAGGUUGUGACAGUAUGGGAGAAGUUGUAUUGUACGUGGAGGAUUUGGAUUUGAAAUCCUGCUCAGCAAUUUUAGUCUGUAGGAUUUGCCAUGAAGAAGAAUUUGGAAGCUGUGAGAGCAUGGAAGCUCCUUGUGCAUGCUCCGGAACUGUUAAGUUUGCACACAGAAAUUGCAUACAGAGGUGGUGCAACGAGAAAGGCAAUACAACCUGCGAAAUAUGUCUCCAGAGCUAUGAACCUGGAUACACAGCACCGCCAAAGAAGUCGCAGGUAGAUGACACAGCAGUAACCAUUAGAGAUAGCGUGCAGGUUCCUAGAAGAGACCAAGAGUCACGAAGCCCAAGGUUAGACUUAGAGCGGGUGCAACCGAUAGAAAAUGUCUACUCUUCUCAAUCUCAAUGCUCGUCUGCAGGUGAUAGAAGUGCGUCUUGUUGUCGAUCACUGGCUCUACUUUUUACGGUGGUUUUGCUUGUGAGGCACCUCUUUGUGGUGCUUACCGGUAGCAACGAAGAUUACCCCUUCACGCUUCUAACUGUACUUAUUCUAAGGGCUAGCGGAAUUAUCCUUCCAAUGUACAUACUAAUUCGAACAAUCACAGCAAUUCAAAACAGUGUCCAGCAGCAGUAUCGAUAUCAUUAUCAGGACUCUGAUGAUGAGACCUCAGACCUGGGAGACAACCAAGAAGAAGUAGAAGAAGAUCAACAUCAUUCAGUUUAACACACUUAUUAUUGUACUAUUUUCCAUUUUGCAACAGCAUAUCAAUGCUCUCAUCUGUCUUUACGUACAUUAUAUAUACGAAAAAGAAAUAUCAAUUUUUUCUUCUUCCUUUCCUUCA